AUGGCGUUUGAAUCCAUCUGCAAAGCCCUUGGGCAAUUUGUGUACGACUUGGCACUAUGGUUGGUUUCUGUUCUUGUUGAUCUUUUCUUUCGUGAAGUUAAAAGUCGGGGAUCGUUUCGUGUGCCUCGAAAAUCCGCUGUUAUAUUUGUCGCGGCUCCUCAUGCGAAUCAAUUUGUAGACGCAUUAAUUCUCAUGAAACAAAUUCGAUUCGCUUGUGACCGUCGCGUCAGCACUUUGAUUGCCGCAAAGUCUAUGAAAGUGCCCAUUGUGGGACCGAUUGCACGCGCGUUCCAGUGCAUUCCUGUAGCGAGAGCAGAAGACAGUGCUAGAAGCGCCGUCGGCCAUUUACGUUUAGAGGACCCGGAGAAGCCUUUGUAUAUUACAGGCACGGACACGAAGUUUACGCAGUUCGAGCCUCACACGCUUAUUUCCUUACCGAGCGGCGGCGGUAUGGCAGAGGUAAAGCAUGUUAUUGAUGACACACAUUGUGUCCUCGCCAAAGCUUUUCGUAAUUCUAAGGCAAUGGAUGUCCUGACGAAGCCGGAAGGAACCCCUUUUCGCACAGCUCCCAAAGUCGAUCAAUCAAAGAUGUACCGAGCUGUCCACGAUCGGCUAAACGAGGGCAACUGCAUUGCCAUCUUUCCCGAAGGCGGUUCUCACGACCGUCCCGAGUUAUUACCUUUAAAAGCCGGAGUGGCCAUUAUGGCUCUAGGCGCUUUAGCUGAAAAUCCGGACCUUGACUUGAAGAUUGUCCCUUGUGGCAUGAAUUAUUUUCAUCCACAUCGUUUCCGUUCUCGCGCUGUUCUUGAAUUUGGCGACCCAUUCACAGUUCCGCGUGAACUUGUAGAGUUAUACAAGAAUGGAUCCCGUAGUUCGGCCAUAAAACAGGUGCUUGACAUGGUGUAUGACGCCCUCGUCACUGUGACCAUCCUGACCCCAGAUUACACUACAUUGGAAGUCGUGCAAGCUGCACGUCGUUUGUUCAAACCAUCGGAGAUGCAGCUGCCUUUACCAGAGGUGGUUGAACUGAACCGUCGUUUCGUCGCAGGGUAUUUACGUUAUAAGGAUAACCCGCAUGUUGAGGCUGUACGAAAACAGGUUCUGCGAUACAAUGAAAAAUUGUACACAUUAGGAGUCCGUGAUCACCAGGUUGUUGAGCCAAUUGCGAAUGCUAAGCUUCAUAUCAUUUCACUGCUCGUAUUUCGUAUUUGCCUUCUUUCGAGUUAUGCGAUGUGUGCCCUUCCCGGGUCAAUUCUAUUUGCUCCAGUGUUUAUAGCAACAUCAUACAUCAGCAAACGGAAGCAGGCCACUGCUUUGCGGAACUCGACUGUAAAAAUCGAGGGUAAAGAUGUGUUGGCCAGCUGGAAACUUAUCGUUGGUCUGGGAUUCACGCCAUUCUUGUACAUUAUUUAUGGAGUUGCAGCUGCCACGUUUACGCGCGAAAUGGGUUGGUGGGGAACGACCUCGCUGCAGUUUUUCCUCCUUAUCCCAGUAUACAUUUACCUGUUUACUGUGAUGACGGUUGCUGCUCUUCGAUUUGGUGAAGUUGGUAUGGACAUUUAUAAAACGCUGCGUCCUCUGAAGCUCUCUUUGCAUCCAACCAAGUCGUCUGUGUUCCAAAACUUACGCAAAGAACGUGAAAUCCUGUCAAAGCGUAUUACCGAUUUAUGUUACACGCUUGGUCCGACCGUGUAUCCCGAAAUGAUGAACCACAAAUUGGCUUACGCAUACGGAACCAAUGCCGUAUCUAGUGCCACAGAUGUUCAAGCAUCCGACGUCUCUGCACGUGAGGUACCAACGCCCGAACUACCCGAACUCGAAAACACGGGUCUGCAGAAGACAGCAGCUUCUGUCAAUCACUCGGCCGUUAUCGAAGCCGGCUCUAGUAAUCGUUGCUCUCCAGCGCUGACGCCGGUAAAUCAUGGACGAAGUCCUUCAAGUUCCAGGCAAACAUCACCGACUCAAUCAUCACGCAGUUCGCAAGACGGUAAUUCGGAAGAUUCUGCUGAUGUGCAGUCUGACAACGCCCUUAAUAUGAAUGACAUCCACCGGGCUCUCCAAGCAUCCAAGCGGUUACGAAAGAAUCCACGCAAAUCGACUCAUCAGUCGUAG